CUCACUGCGAGCUGAGGCUGCAGCUCGGUGAAGCAGUUAGCUGUGCGCGAGCGACAACUUUAUUACAUUUAGUGUUUUUAAAGUGGUGAAGGCGUAGCUGCCAUUCCUGUCGGGGGGCUAUUGUGUGGAUGGAUGUAGGGGGGAGGAGGAGAGAGGACGAGCAGAUAAGAAGUGAGCUGGCUUAUUGGAUGAGUGCUGCCACCUAAACUCGUAUUUUUUUUUUUUUUUUACGAACGAGGGGUCUUUUUGUUUGCGAUAAAGGCCGUAAAACGUCGACAUCGCACGCCAGCAGUGACCGAGGGGGGACAUGAUAGUCGUGAGAAGGGGCUGUAUUUGUAUUUGUCUGCGCCGUCACCGAAUUCAUUGAGUCGGCUUGAACCAGAGUCCCGACAUGGGGAAGGAGGUAAACGGCGUAUCGCGGAGCCGGUUUGAGAUGUUCACAAAUAGCGACGAGGCGGUCAUCAAUAAGAAGCUGCCAAAGGAGCUGUUGCUACGAAUCUUCUCCUUCCUGGAUGUGGUCACACUAUGUCGUUGUGCCCAGGUCUCCCGGUCCUGGAACGUCCUGGCCCUGGAUGGCAGCAACUGGCAGCGAAUCGACCUCUUUGAUUUCCAGCGGGACAUCGAGGGCCGGGUGGUGGAGAACAUUUCGAAGAGAUGCGGAGGGUUCCUCAGGAAGCUGAGCUUGAGAGGUUGCCUGGGUGUUGGUGACAGCGCAUUAAGGACUUUUGCACAGAACUGCAGGAAUAUUGAGCUGCUGAGUCUGAACGGCUGCACCAAGAUCACUGACAGCACAUGUAAUAGUCUCAGUAAGUUCUGCCCUAAGCUGAAGCACCUGGACCUCGCCUCUUGUACCUCCAUCACCAACCUGUCACUUAAAGCUCUCAGUGAGGGCUGUCCUCUGCUGGAGCAGCUGAACAUCUCCUGGUGCGACCAGGUCACGAAGGACGGCAUCCAGGCCCUGGUGCGCUCCUGCCCUGGACUCAAAUGCCUUUUCCUCAAAGGCUGCACACAGCUAGAAGACGAGGCUCUGAAGCACAUCGGAGCUCACUGUCCAGAGCUGGUCACCCUCAACCUGCAGACAUGCUCACAGAUCACAGACGAAGGCCUCAUCACAAUUUGUCGAGGUUGUCACCGCCUGCAGUCUCUGUGCGUGUCGGGUUGUGCCAACAUUACAGACGCCAUCCUGCACGCCCUAGGCCAGAACUGCCCCCGCCUCAGAAUAUUAGAAGUGGCUCGCUGCUCUCAGCUUACAGACGUGGGCUUCACUACGUUAGCAAGGAAUUGCCAUGAGCUGGAGAAGAUGGAUUUAGAAGAAUGUGUGCAGAUCACAGAUGGAACUCUCAUCCAGCUGUCGAUCCACUGCCCUCGCCUGCAAGUCCUGAGUCUGUCUCACUGCGAGCUGAUCACCGAUGAUGGCAUCAGACACCUCGGCAGCGGACCCUGCGCUCACGACCGGCUGGAGGUGAUCGAGCUGGACAACUGCCCCCUCAUAACGGACGCCUCGCUGGAACACCUGAAGAGCUGCCACAGUCUGGAUCGCAUCGAGCUCUACGACUGCCAGCAGAUUACCCGCGCAGGCAUCAAGAGACUAAGGACUCAUCUGCCGAACAUCAAAGUGCACGCGUACUUCGCUCCUGUCACUCCACCUCCUUCUGUAGGGGGCAGCCGCCAGAGGUUUUGCCGCUGCUGCGUCCUGCUAUGAUGUAAAGACAACAACCCCCCCACCAUCACAACCUUCUCCCAUGGUUCUCAGACCCUGCAGCUCAUCACCUGGACCCCUGAACUCCACACUUCCUCACCUCCUGUCUAGAAACAUCAUGCUGGUCUGUCUUGUCCCCCUCAGUUUAUUUUAUUUAAUUUUUUGGGGGGGGGUGGCAGAGAGGAAGAGAACCAAACGGAGAGGGAACGUUGGUAAUGUUUCCUAACAAGUGGAUAUGCAGACACACGAAUGUCAACACAUUCCUGGCUCGUCUUCAGCGGGACACGUCAGUAUUACCAAGAGGGUUCUGCAAAUAAUCUGUGGCGUUCAUCCCUGUUGGGGUAUUUUAUUUUCUCCUUAUAUGAAGUAUAGAAAAGUCAAGUUCUUCAAAUCAGAAACCAUUUUGUUCUGUUUUUGGGGUUAUAUUGUUUAAUCAGUUAACCUCACAGUACUCUUGGUGUUGAUGGUCUCUUAAGAGCUACCUCUASACAGGAACUGCACCAGAAUAAGACCAGUGUUCGCUUGAGUCUUUGGUUUAAAAAAUAAAUUAAAAAAAGGAAAAUGGGGAGGCAGUGACGAAGCUGCCAAACCCCAAACACACAAACAGCAGAAAGCCUUUUUUUCCUUUUAUAAAACAAACCUGCAGCUAUUUGCACUUACAAUAAAACAAUGAGACACUUUACAAAGACGACCAUCUCGUAAAUGACGACUAACAGCACGCUGAGGCUUGCAGCCGUUGUAUUCUCACCUCUUCUCUCUGUUACAAUCACAACCUCCAACAUACCGAAGAGAGAGGAUUCAAAACAAAAAAAAAGACAAAUAUUUUUCUAAAAGCAUUAAGACUCACAAGUAGGGACUCAAGAAGAUGCCAAACGUUGCAUGUCACUUCUAGUUUUUUAAAGAAGCAGAUGUAAAUACGUGAGAACUGUGGAGGAUUUUGAAGCCAGCCGAACACGGCGACGACGCGAGGCGGAGCGGGAAGUCGGUCCGAGGGGAGCUCCCGGCGCAGCUCGAGCACGCUCGUUUACGUACAGGCUCUGCUUGAGAACACGUGCCGGAGCUUUCCGGAGAGCUCGAGCCAGCUCUCGGUCUCGAGAGGAACUGAUGCUGGCUUGUGACGGCUCACGGACACAGUAAACUUUUUCUUUUUUUUUUAACGAAAGAAUAAAAAAAAAUCUGUCGUCACCACAUGACUUCARGCUGUCAGGCCUGGACAAUGGAACGAAAAAGCCAACUGAAAACAAUCAACUCUGUCUUAUUUCAGUCCGUUUGAUUCCAUGAGGUUGCUCUUGUUUCUGCUGCACACGCUGCUGGACAGGAUGAACGGGCUUCAUGUCGCCCCUCGACUCCCUGAGAGGCCUUGCAGAGGAUGGCGUGAGCCCCCCGGCUUUACGACCCCCCCRCCCCUCCCGUCUGUGACCAGUGACGCUGCAGGGCGUUGGGACUUUAAGAGGAACUGACUGAAUGUUGAGGAGUGAGCUCUGCAGCAGAGGGCUUUAAAGACUUCAGCUCCUCAUCCUCUGAAGCACUGAAGGCUUUUCUUUGGUCCUGCWCUCGCUUCAUUCAGUCUCUAAAGGUGUCAUUUACUGUUUCUCCUCCUCUCCGGGUUUCUUUCUCCGUUUUGCUGUGGUUUGGAUUCUGUCUGCUUUGUGUUUUGCAGUCACGAGUUCAGUGUCUCCGAGUUGAGCUUCAAGUCCUCUCUCCAGUCCUUCAUUUGGACCUGAUGGUGUUUUUAUUUUGUUUUCUUUUUUUUUUCUUUUCCAGAGUUUAUUGUUACUAAAUGUCCCGAGUGUAGCCCCUUGUUCCAGGGGCAACUGUUGGCACCCGUGCAAUUGAUCUAAAUGUUAAAUGUGAGGUUGAGUUUAUGUGAACGUUAUUGAAUGUUUCCAUCCAGGAAAAGGCUUCAAACGAUGUGAGCUGCGGCAGCAGACCCACUCUUUUUACCCCGUCUGAUCCUCYAUUCAUUUCCAAAGACUUCAAGCAGAAAACUCAACGUGGAAUAUCAGUCCUCAUUCUGAUUUCGAGGCACUCAUUACAAAAUCAUU